AUGGAAGAACUUUCAUCGAAUUCGACUUUCCCAACUCCCGUCAUUGGAAAUCUAUUGACAUCAGAUCUGAUUCAGCUAAUUGUUUUCUUCAUACUAUUCAUAGUUGGCUUACCGGUUAAUAUAUCUACACUCAUCUAUAUGCUUAAACGAUAUCAACACGCAAGGAGUUUUCUUUUAUUAAUUCACAUUAAUUUGAAUAUAUCUGACAUCUUAGUAUUAGGAGUUCAUCUACCAGGUUUAAUGGGAUGGCUCAUUACUAGUCAAUGGCUAGCAGGAAAUGCUAUGUGCAAAAUUAUGAGAUUUUUGGAUGCAUUCGUGUGGGCGGCAAGCUCCAAUAUAAUGGUCUGCGUUGCUCUGUAUCGUCUAACGGCAUUAAGAUACCCAUUAUGGGUAUCAGCUGUUGGGCAUAGUCAAGUUCCAAGGAUGCUCGCAACAGCAUGGACACUAGCUGCUAUUUCAACUUCACCACAACUUUUCAUAUGGCGACAGGUUGAAUUUCCAAACAUCACGCAGUGUCAGUCAAUUUGGGCAAACAAAAUCAGCCUGGAGCGUAUGGAACGACUACAAAACCCGGGAGUUGACCCUUCAGUCAUGAUGACAGAGGAUGACAUGUGGUGGAUGAAAUUCUAUGAUAUACAGCAUGUUAUAAUUAUAUUUUACAUUCCACUGUUUAUCCUAGUAGUUUGCUAUUUUCUAAUUGUUAAAGAUAUAUAUAAGACUUUGAACAAUGACCAAGACUCAUCGUCUGUGAUGUACAUGAGUGAGAUCAGCCGUUUAUCCACUUGUGGCAAAAGAGUAGCGCCUAAAGAGAGUACGAGUUUAGUUUCAGUAGCAGUAAGGCCUAUCAGAGGCCAAGACAAGUUCAAAAGAGCGAAAGUGCGCUCAUUAAGGAUUACACUCUUGCUAAUUCUGACCUACGCAAUCACAUGGCUUCCCUAUAAUCUUCUCACAUGGUGGAUGAUUAUCUCUUUCGAUACUUUCACUGAUUAUCAGGAAGCUCUAUUUCCACUUGGCUUUCUAGUUAUUCUCAAUAGUGUGAUAAAUCCCUUUAUUUAUGGCAGGUUCCAAGGAUUGAAACUAUUAUUUUCUUGCAAAAAAACAAAAAACAAGAGGAAAUGGUUGCGAUCUUAA